AUGACAACAACCACAAAAACCAACCUCAUCACCCUCCCCACCAAGCCCACCGCUCAACUAAGCUACACCUUCCACCCCCCGUCCACCCAAUCAUCUAACAACAAGAUCCUCCUCGUCUUCCUCAACGGCCUCGCAGCCCCGCAAACCUCCUGGGGUCCCGUCAUCCACCACCUGCAAUCCACCCACCCCCAUAACCUCCCCGCCAUCCUCACCUACGAUCGCUACGGCCAAGGCCAAACUCCCUCCCGGGACCCGGCCGACCAGAACGCCCCUGACCCAAGCCACGGGCACGACAUCCUCUCCGCCCUGGACGACCUCCACCAACUGAUCCAGCAGAUAGCCAAACUCCACCUGCACACAUCAACAUCCGCCCCAGAUCGAAAUCUAAUCCUAGUAGGCAAUUCCCUCGGCUGCGCUCUCGCCAGACUCUACGCCCAAACAUACCCGGGCACUGUGUCCGCCCUUCUCUUGCUCGACAGUAUCCUGGCCAACUCGGAUUUCGUGUCCGUAUUUCCGGAUCCUACUGCGCCGGACUUUAUUCCGCCGCAGGAGGAAGAUGGCAUCUCUGCUCAAGAUCUGAUUGUGGCGCGGGCUAUCGCAGGGAAAGUCUUUCAUCCCUCUGUGGGGAGUAAGGAGGGUCUAUCGAGGAGGAAUCUGGCCGAGUUGUUGCCUGAGAGUGAUGGGCCGAGAUUGGUGGGGCCUGAUGAUGAAAGGGGGCCUUGGGUCACGGUCAUUGGACAUAAUGGGAAGGCUUUUGCGGAGGAAAGUGUGAGGAUGACCGGCGGGAAGGUGUCUGGGAGGGUGUUUGAAGUAUAUGUCACGCCGUUUUGGGAGAAGUACCACCAGGGAUUGUUGGGGAUUACGGAUGAGGGAAGGGGAAGGGGCCCACUUGUUGCUGAGGGUGCUGGGCAUGUGGUGCAAUUGGGGAAUCCGGCGUUCGUGGCAGAGGAGUUGGGGAGGUUGUUGGAUAGGGUUAUGGGGUGA